AGCUCCCUUACCUAGGAAACUAUUGCGUAAGUGAUGUACGUCAAGGCCAAAGUCCACUCUACCUACCUGGCCUUAGAGCUCAGUAAUGCUUGUCUUUGGUCAUCAGAACUACACAGCCAGUCCGGGUACUGGAAAAACAAAUCCAACCUCUGUCAUACUCUGGAAAGGAGAGGAGCACAGUAAUUUUGCAAAAGAUUAAUAGUACCCACAGGACAAAGACGAUGAAUUCACCAGAACUUUGGAAUCCUCCGGAAGUCCAAUUUUGCUUUGCUUUGGUCAACAAUUCAUGCCCUAGAAAUGUGAGGUCUGUGCUGAGUGUGUGUGCCAUGUAUGUUGUCAUGACUGGUGCUAUAGUGAUGACCAUGUUGGGCAACCUGGUUGUGAUCAUUUCCAUCGCUCACUUCAAGCAGCUCCAGUCCCCAACCAACUUCCUGAUUCUCUCCAUGGCCACAACUGACUUUUUGUUGAGCUGUAUGGUCAUGCCCUUCAGUAUGGUCAGGUCCAUUGAGUCUUGCUGGUAUUUUGGAGACCUCUUUUGCAAAGUCCACAGCUGCUGUGACAUCAUGCUCUGCACCACCUCUAUUUUUCACCUCUGCUUCAUCUCAGUGGAUCGCUACUAUGCUGUUUGUGACCCUUUGCAUUAUGUCACCAAAAUUACCAUCCCUGUAAUAGAGGUCUUUCUACUCAUCAGUUGGUCUAUUCCAAUUUUUUUUGCCUUUGGCCUGGUAUUCUCAGAAUUAAACAUAGUUGGUGCAGAAGACUUUGUUGCAGCCAUUGACUGCACAGGUUUGUGUGUGUUGAUAUUUAACAAGCUCUGGGGGGUGUUGGCUUCCUUUAUAGCCUGCUUCCUACCUGGGACUGUAAUGGUGGGGAUUUACAUACACAUUUUCAGCGUAGCCAGGAAGCAUACUAAGCAAAUUGGCAUGGGUCCUACCAGGAAACACGUUGGGUCAGAAAGCAAAAUGAAAGUAUCAUCCAAAAAAGAAAGCAAGGCCACCAAGACUUUAAGCAUAGUCAUGGGAGUGUUUGUAUUGUGCUGGCUGCCCUUUUUCAUCUUGACAAUCACAGACCCUUUCAUUAAUUUCACAACUCCUGAAGAUUUGUACAAUGUCUUCCUCUGGCUGGGUUAUUUCAACUCCACUUUCAAUCCCAUCAUAUAUGGCAUGUUUUAUCCCUGGUUUCGCAAGGCAUUGCGGAUGAUUGUCACGGGAACCAUCUUCCACCCUGACUCUUCUACCCUAAGCCUAUAUCCUGCAGAUACUUAGGCAAUACUCUCCAUUCUGUAAGAUUCUUUCCUGGUAAGGAAUCUUGUUGGAUGCUCCUCCUCAAAGGUAAGGCCAUAAACUUACUGGAUAAGCAUAUUCUUCCAGUUGGUGUUAUGGACAUCUAUCUAAGUAGGAGCAAUCGAUCUAGCGUUCUGGGUUUACCAGAGCUACCAAAGUGGUUAAUUUCUGGAGUUCUGGGGAAGGCAUCUCCAAUAAAAAAAAACUCUGUCCCAUGGCUUGCUGAUUCCUGAAUUCACAAAAUUAGAGAUUUAGAAUUUCACUCCUUUGACUUAAAUCAAAUGGAGAUCUUUUUUUUUUCUUAUGAACAUCAGAAGAGGAGACAGAGUUGGUCUUCACACUUAUUGACAGCCAUGCAGAGUUUAUCUAAAUCUUUCUUGAGACUAUUGUUCUAUCUUAGGGGAGCCAGGGAGAGAGCUUGAGAACAUUGGGAGUCUGGAUUAUUUAGCAUGUGAUUGACUUGGAAGGGGAGAAGGAAGCAGACAGUUGUAGCUACUUUCAAUUUUUUUGGUUCUGACUUAAACCUCUUCAAAAAGCAUUGAUGUGAAUUUUGUAAUAUUUUGGUAAAAUUGGACUGUCUUACUGAAUGAGAAGAAUGAAUAAAUAAGAGUUUAGGAAUA